AUGGUAAGCUUCCGAAUUGACCGCGCACCCUUCUGCCGACACUCGCAGCUAAUCGCUCAUCCGACAGUCUCUCGUCAACUCGUUCUACAGGCAAGUCCCUCGAUCGAAGCCGAACGACCACUCCCACGACCCGGAGAAGCUAACACGACUUGCUGCAGCGCUCUUUUCCGAAAGAACUACGCCAUGUUGGCGGCUGUCUUCACUGCCGGCUUCGCAUUCGAAGUGUACGGACCUCACCCUGAUAAAUGGCGUACCGGAAUUCGGCAAUUACUAACCUCUCAUUGUAGCGGCUUCAAUAACGGUGUUAACAAGUGGUGGGACAACCACAACCGCGGCCGACAAUGGAAGGAUAUUCGAAGCAAGUAUGUUGAGGAGACUGGUGAGGACGACGAGUAA